CUUAGGACCUGCUGGGCCACAAGAAGAAAGUCCUGAGGAGAUAGCAGAUUGCUGGAUAAAUCACACCAAUUUCCCAAUGGAUUUUAUAAUGUUGCUCUUUUUAUCUGGGGUUUUCCUCCCAGGCAUUAUCAGUCUACAGCCCAUUGUGGAACAGGACCCUAGUGUGAUGCUUUCGGAUGAAGAAGAGUAUUAUGCAGAUGAAGAAAAUAAUACAGAUGGGAAUUCUAUUAGUUUUCAUAAAGGAGAAGAAAAUGAAGGUGAUACUCCUGCCAAUGAGAAAACUGGCAAUUACUAUAAAGACAUAAAACAAUAUGUGUUCACCACACCAAACAUCCAUGGUACCAAUUCUGAAAUAUCUGUGACUGCCACAACUAAUUUGAAAUUUGCUAUGAAGAACUAUAAAUCCAGCAAACCAACUGCCAGUGGAGAAGAAGGAAAACCUAGCGCACAGUCUCGUAAAACCUCAACCCCCAAUGUACCUGCAUUUUGGACAAUGUUAGCUAAAGUUAUAAAUGGAACAACAGUGAUCAUGGGUGAUAAAGAUCAAUUUUUUCAACCAAUUCCAGCCUCAGAUUUGAAUACUACCAAUGAAAACAAACUGUCAGAUUUAGAGGAAAUCAAGCUCAAAUUAAUGCUGGGAGUCUCACUGAUGACACUUAUUCUGUUAAUUCCCCUCGUGAUAUUCUGUUGUGCUACACUGUACAGGCUGAAACACCUACGUGACAAAAGUUGUGAGAGUCAAUACUCCGUCAACCCAGAGCUGGCAACUCUGUCUUACUUCCAACCAACAGAAGGUGUGUCAGAUACAUCUUUUUCGAAAAGUGCAGAGAGCAGCGCAUUUUGGGGCCACACUUCUUCAGAGAUGAGGCGAUCCAACAGAAGAAGGUCAAAAUCUAAAACUAUGGAUUUUUCUGCAGGCCCCAAUCAAAUAGUCUUAAACGACGAGUCAAACCUUCUCCAUCCUGGGGAGCCAACUUUCCUCCUUCCUGAGGUACCGGUUGAGGAGCUCAUCAUUGAGAGUGGCACAGUUAAGUUGAGUGAGGUUGGUGAUCAAGCCCAAGAACAAACUAUUAUUGAGCAAGGGAGAAUCAUUGAGAAAAAACUUUAAUUCUUUGGUUAUAAAAACAGAUCUUUGUGUGUCACAUAAAUGUUCUCAUUUUGUUAUU